AUGAUCGAACCCUUGACCGCAAUCGCAGUGGCCGGAAAUGUACUUCAAUUUGCCGAGUUAGGAACGAAGCUUCUUCUGAAAGCCUGCGAAGUAUACAAGUCUACCGAUGGAUUGGACGACGAAUACCGAGAUUUGGGGAUAAUUGCAGAGAAUGUUCGCAACUGUAACACAGUGUUGGAACAGUUUGCCCUAAUGCUGCCUCCCGAGCACAAAUCCUCCGCUCAUAACUUGCUUGAAGCGAACAACUUCUGUCUCAAGAUCUCGACAGAGUUUCUACAGCUUCUUGAGCAAGCGGCCCCCAAGUCAGAAGACCACAAAAUCUCGGCCGCCUUCAAAUCUGCCUUUACAAAUCUCCGGAAGCAAAACAAGAUUGCUCGGCUGGACAAGAAUAUCAAUCAUGCACGUUCAAAUUUGUUAAUGAACCUCCUUGCAUUUUCGACCACUGAGAUUAGGACCAUGAAAAACAGCAUUCUCGAUGGUAUUGGAACGUCAAGAUCUGAAGUCCUACACCAGAUGCAAGAAGUCAGCGACAACCUGCGAGGAGAUGUUCGCGAUCUGAUCGAAAGCUUUUCUGCUAUGGAGCUGAACUUCCAAAAUCAGCUCACUGCCUUCCGUCAGUCUGAUUGUUCCCUCACCAAAGAAGCCAAGCAGUCCAAGCUAGAAGUAUCUCUGCGUACUGAAAACCUCGAGUCGAAGAGGAUUCGUCAGAAAAUCCAUGAAUUGGACAUUACGACAACAAAGGCACAAGCCAAGGUCAUGGAUAGUCUCUUCUUUUCUCAAAUGCACACCCGACGCGAUCAAAUUGCUGAGGCACAUCCUCAAACUUUGAAAUGGAUUUUCCAACGUGGAGAUGCACAACUCGCAUGGCAUGAGUUUGCAGGGUGGUUGGAAACGUACGACAACCAAAGGAUUUAUUGGAUUCGAGGGAAGGCCGGUUCUGGAAAGUCGACUCUGUUGCGCGCUCUAGACGGUCAAAUAAAGUGCAAUCUCUUCAAAGGCUGGGCGGAAGACUUUCCCCUUAUCCAAGUGGGCACAUACUUCUGGCACGCUGGCAGCCCCAUUCAGCGAUCGGUUGCUGGACUCCUGAGGUCUUUACUGUACCAGGCUUUCGAGCUGCUACCAGGCAUCCUUCCUGACGUGAUUUGGGCAAGCCGCUGGAACUCCGCCUUGGGGAUGGGUUCGCAGAUGAACGACUGGACCAUCCAAGAGCUGCGAGGCACGCUAACAAGAUUCAUCCAACUCACUUCAGAGCAAUCUGAAGCACCUUCUCGAGUAUUGCUUUUAGUCGAUGGGCUUGACGAGUAUGAAGGUUCGGACGAAGAACGCCAACGCAUGAUUGAUCUAUUCGCUGAGAUCACGGAAAGUCCGCAUGUCAAGGUCUGUCUUUCGAGCCGACCUUGGGUGGUAUACGUCCAACGCCUUCAGCAGUAUCCUUCUUUGCGUUUGGAAAGCCUGACCAAAAACGACAUAGAGCUGUUCGUUCAUGAUCGUCUCUUUUCCGACAAGCUUAUCCGAGAGAUGCUGGAUCGAAGACCACUCUUACAGGAUGAGCUCAGUAAAGAGAUUGUGCACAAAGCCAAAGGAGUGUUUCUUUGGGUGCGUCUCGUCGUCAGAGAUCUCUUGCAGGUCGUUAGAGACGGGGGAAGUGCUUCCCUAGUUCGGAGGACAUUGAGAGAAAUGCCUUCCGAACUAAAUGCUUAUUUUACCCGAAUGCUGGAUUCUAUCGAUCCCCGAUAUCGCAAGGACUCAUCGAUGAUCAUUCAAUUCGCCCUCUGCAGCUUGCUGAAAGUUACAACUCCUUCAACACUUCCUCAUUCCGACUCCGUCGCAAUCAAAGAGAGCCUUGUGGACUCGGAUGAGCCCGCUCUACUCCAACCUUUCUGGCUCCCACAGCCUCUUCUCCUCCAUCUUCACUAUCUGGACGAGGAAUCUCCGCCUGACUUUGCUUUAUCCGAUGACUUCAAACCUCUGGACUUGAGAGAUGCGAAAGAAGUAGACUACGAAUUGAAGUAUGGAGCUACUAGAAGUCGUUUCAUCGACAUCGACAAAACCCCUGCCCAAGGGCUCGUUCUUGAAGUCUUCAUAUAUCACUUUCUUCCACCGCUCAGCAAAGACUUUCUUUCGACUCCACAGGCUCAACGGAUCCUCCAUCGCUAUAGUGAUGGGCCUUAUGAUUCCUACACCUUUCAGUGUAACACGCUGCUCUCCGAUAUCGCAAGCCUAAGACAGCUUCCCAGAACUUACAGCGAGAGAUUGUCCCUUGCUACACAUCUUCUUGUUCAGCUCCAUAGUGCGCAUUUUGGAGAGACUGAGGCUUGGCGAAUGCUAGAAAUGAUGGUAUCCCAAUUAGAUCCAGCCGACCGGCAAUGGCAAGAACUUCAAACGCGUGAUGUCCCAUAUCUCGACCAUGGUGGUAUCCAGAAGACGCUUCUGCAAGUGCUGUGUCAAUGGCAAUGGCAUCAGAGUACUAUUUUGACGUUGGCGAUCCAAUUCGGUCUGGGCUGGCUUGUAAAGCCAAAUCUCACCAAAGAAAUCAUCCGUACUAAGAUGCGCCGUCCGAUGUUGGACUAUGCCCUCCGACCAAGCUUUGAAACUUGCUUUCCGUGGGACCCAGACGUUUCUGUUGUCGAACACAUCCUAUCUCUUGGUGCUGAUCCGCAUCAACACUAUCAAGGAUCAAGUGUCCUCGGCCAUCUGAUAGCCUAUAUGGCUAUCCUCUCAAAAAGUCUGACCCCUUGCUCCGUCGACAUAUUUUAUCUUCUCAUCAACAAUUGCAGCUCUCCUCUGCUCUGCGUCAAAGAUAUCAGACGGGCUUUUCGUAUGCGCGGUGUAUCUCAUCAAAAAUUUCAGGAUUUUGUCGACAAAUUGCAAGACCUUCGCAGUGAUGAGGCCACACAAGAGGUGGAAGGUGGCUCCUAUCUGAUAACAGAGUAUUUGUUUGCCUGGGAUAGGCUGAGGCGACUAACGCACCCUGCGGUUGACUUGGAGCGGUUGAGACAAGCUGAACAAGAAGUGUUACGGCGCGGCAGCGCGAUUCUGGAUGCGGUGCCAGCACGGCGGGUUGACUACCAGCCACACAGGGGGAAACAGGAUCUGUCACUUUCAGACGGGCUUCAGCGAACGAGUGAUGACCAGCAGCUGCCAACGGGCUCGAAACGCAGAUGCCCGGAAGGCGAUGAACCUCCACUCUGUCGUGGGAGCAAGAGCCAGAGGACGCUGUCACCUGUGCAAGAAGAGAAGAGCUCCUCUCCCUUCCCUUUAUUGUCUGUGUGA